UACCCUGAUCUGCCCCCGCCUCUCACAUCUUGCCUUCCCCAUGAAGACUUCCCUAAAUUACUCCCCAUCCUCCCGUCUCUGCCUUCCCCUCCUGGGAUCUCCGCCUUGAACUUGUCGCUAAGUCAGUCCGUCCUCAUUCUGCGGGGUCACUGUUCCCUCCCUGUGAUCUGCUCCCAUCUGCAACACGUCAGUUACUCGGCCCCGGAAGUUAACUUCCAACAACGAUGCCAAUUUAAAACAUGGAUUGUCUCAGCCAGAAAUCAGUCGGCCGUGUCCACGAGUAAACCCUUCCUGGUGCUCAGACUCGUGAGGACUGACUGCUCAGCAGUGGGUGCCUCGCAGACCAGGCAGUGAGCGCAGCACUUGCAGGAAGGUAGCAAUGGGAGACACCACCCGUCGGAGGUGCUACCUGAGGCAGGCUCGGAAGAACGGGUGCCAGUCUGUUUAAAUGAAGUAACGACGUGAAUGUGCCCCGCAAGGAGUCUGCCUCCCCGUAUAUGUCUUCCCUCAACGUUGAGGAAUUCAGGGAACGUAGAAAGACCGAGCAAGCAGUGUUGAGCUGCACGAAUUCGCGGUGUGGCUUCAAGUUCAGACGGUGGGUGGAUGAGAUUUCAGAGAUAAGAGAAUUGUACUGAGAGGUGCUCAGCACAGCCCUGGUACAGAGUCAGCACCCAGGAGAUGUUCAUGGUGAAGCUUUGUGAGCAAAGACCAGGAGGUGGGGUGGGUAUGGGGUGAGAGCACGGAGGACUGUGCCUCCGAGGAGAGAUGUGCUGGGACCAGGUCCUUUAAGGCAUUCCCCUUGGCUUGUUUUCUCCCGGCUGUUCGCAGGACAAGUUUAGAAAGCAGGAAGAAAGAAACAGCCACCAUGGUCACAAACUUGUCCUAGGGGCCUCUCGUCAGGAAAACGAGCUUGGUGUGUCGGUGGGAGUUGUUCACAGUGUUUGUAGGACGAGAAUGCAGAGCGUUCCUACGCCGAGCUUUGAAAGUAGGAACUUCACCCUACAAAGCAGAAGAGUAUUUUUUUUUCUUCGUUUGUGGUUUCACAUAGCAAAUGUGUGACACUCUCUACUUAUAGACCAAAUGAGAUGCCAGGCAUCGAAGAGUGAGUGUGGCCUGGAUUUCUGUCCCCUCUCCGUCAGCCCUUUCGUUUUACUCUUAUCGCGCUUUGCAGAAAGUUUGCCUGCUGGGAGAAUCGUUGUGACAAUUUCCCGUGUUGUCAGAUAGCUCCAUAGAAUUCAGUUUCUGAGAACCAGCCCAAGGCAUGCAGUGACAUUGCAUAAUCCCUCCUCUGAAGCCAGAGAUAUCAGCCGGAGAGCUCACGGGAGCUGUUUCACACCAGCAUGAAGGGAGCAGAGAUCAUGGAUGGCACGCCCAGGACCCUCCUGGCCAGAGCACUCUAUGACAACCACCCAGACUCCUUCUACGAGCUGGCUUUCUGCAGAGGAGACAUCUUGACCAUUCUAGAACAAAAUGUGCCAGAAAGCGAGGGCUGGUGGAAGUGUCUGCUCCACGGGCGGCAAGGUCUGGCCCCUGCCAACCGCCUCCAACUGCUCCCUGAGGUCCCCGCAGACAGGGGACCCUGCCCCCCCUCCCUGAGAGGCCCGGGGGAAGCCCUCACCAGCUCCAAGGAGACCUACCAGGUGCCCACCCUGCUCAAGCCCCCGACUCCAGGCCCCGUCUACGAGCACAUGAAGAGCUGGGUGGAGGGGCCCCCACCCACCACCGCCCAAGUCUACGAACUCCCUGCCCCGCCCUCCAGAACCGGAAUCAUCUGUGAAAAGACCCUAAGCUUUCCGCAACAGGCCCUCUUCACGAUUCCCAGACCCGCUCGGGCCUCGCUGCCUGCUCAGCCUUCCCGGGUGUAUGACGUGCCGACCCAGAGCCGGGCCCCCCCGGUGCUGAAGGAGCCAGAGAAGCAGCAGUUAUAUGAUGUACCCGCCAGCCCCCAAAAGGCAGGACUUGGUCCCUUGGCCAGCCAACCAAGUGGGCAGGGUGCUCCCCUGACGUCAGCGAUCGCCUUGAGGCAAGGCGGCUACAACACGUUACCGAGCCCUCAGAAAUCUGAGUGGAUUUAUGACACGCCGGUAUCUCCAGAAAAAGCUAGUACGAGAAACGCAUCUCUAAGCAGCUUUGCAGAAGGAUCGGGGCCCCACACUCCCCCCAGUACAUGCUGCUCCCCCCAGUAUAUGUCCAGCCUCCACUGUCCUCCAAAUAGCAGAGCAAGGUCCCUCGAUCCAUACCUGCACAAAAAUGUGCCCAUGCAGAAAAAACUCAGCCUUCCAGAAAUUCCUACGUAUAAAUUUCUGGCCUCGAGGGACACGUUCCCCUUGGACGAAGGCGUCGGCUACAAGGUUCCUUCCAGCUUUCUGAUUCCCCGAGCGGAACAGCAGAACACCAAGCCAAACAUUUACGACAUCCCUAAAGCAACGCCGAGAGGCCCUCAGGCCCAGCACGAGCUGGGGAGUGCCGACGGGGCUUCAGAGAACGUCACGGACCGUGACUCCUCGUGGCUCUCGGGACGGCCACCAUCGCUGUCUCCGGAACCGGACAGCCUGUCCGUUUCCAGCUCCGACAGCCGAGCCAGCAUUGUCUCCUGCUCCUCCACGGCCACGGACUCUUCGUCCAGCUCCUGCGCGGAGGAGGCAGGGAAGGAGCUCUGCUUGGACCUGGACUGGGCCCGAGAGACAGCAGCGUCUCUGCAGCACAAGGUGGCCGGCUCUGUCGCAAGCCUGAUGCUCUUUGUCAGCAGGAGGUGGAGGUUCAGAGACUAUCUGGAGGCCAACGUCAGUGCCAUCCGCAGGGCCGCCGACCACGUGGAGGAAUCUUUGAGGGCUUUCCUGGAUUUUGCCCGCACGGUCCGUGGGCCCGCCUGCAACCUCAGUGACACUCACCUUCAGGCCAGAAUUAGGGACCAGCUACAGACGAUCUCCAACUCCUACCAGAUCCUGCUCGGAACGAAGGAGAGCCUGGAUAGCUGCGAUUGGUCCCUGGAAGUCCUCGUGACGGACGAAGCCCAAAACAGCCCGGACGACCUCGAGAGAUUUGUCACGGUGGCGCGGAUGGUUCCGGAAGACGUCAAGAGGUUUGCCUCCAUGGUCAUUGCCAACGGGAAGCUCCUUUUCAAGCAGAACUGUGAAAAGGGAGACACCUUGCAAGUGACCCCAGACGCACAAUUUAAGUUUGCCGAAUGCAUCCAGCUUCCCCGAAGAGAAAUGGAAUUAUACCAAAGAAGUGCUCCUUUUGAUAAACAGAAGGAGAGGGAGCACUCCCCUGAAAUACUAAAGAAAAACGGGACGAGUAUCUGUGAACAGAAGUUGCCUAAUCUAGAAGAGACAGGAAAACCCAUCUUGGAACAAAGGUUGGAUGAAAACAAAAACCUGGGAGCACAGCAUCCUUGUUCCCCCACCCCCCGGCCUCUGAGUCAGCAGAACCCUGAGAAGAGAUUCCACCUUUCUCAACACUGCCGGCUCUAUUUCGGGGCACUGUUCAAAGCCAUCGGCGUAUUUAACAGCAGCCUGAGCAACAGCCAGCCCCCCGAGAUCUUCAUCGCGCAGAGCAAGCUGGUCAUCAUGGUAGGACAGAAGCUGGUGGAUACGCUGUGCCAGGAGACCCAGGAGAGGGACAUGCGCAAUGAGAUCCUCUGUGGCAGCAGCCACCUUUGCAGCCUGCUCAAGAACCUCGCGCUGGCCACCAAGCACGCCGUGCUCAAGUACCCCAGCCCGGCAGCCCUGGGGCACCUCCAGGCCGAGGCCCAGAAGCUGGAACAACACACUCGGCAAUUCAGGGGGGCGCUGGAAUGAGCCUCCUUCCCCCGCCUUCUCCCUGUUCACCUCUUAGCUUCAACUUGCCAGUCCCCAGCCGUGCAACUGUGUCCUAUGCGAAAAGCCAGCCCGGGGCCACAGCAACGGGCAGAAACAGCCACGGUGGCCAAAGCCGGUAUUGCCAAGGGGCCAAGCUACCCCAGGACAUUGACUUAUCCCAUAGAGAGCCAGGUAUUAAGUAAGGACCUCGCUAAGGUUUUAGCACAGCAUGUGGGGUCGGCGUACCAAGUGACGUGGUAGAAACCAAUUUUAUGUUGGUUGAAUGCACGCCUGUCUUAAAUUCACUCAUUCAACACUUAUUUAUUGGGCAUGUACUAUAUGUCAGAUUCUAGGUGCUGGGCCUAUAGCAGUGGAUCAGAGCCCUUGACCUCAGGGAGUUUACAAUCCAGUGGGGAGAGGGACAAAUGAUGGAGAGAUACAUAUACAACGUAUCAGAUGCUAGGGUGAAAGUCAAGGAGGAGGGACUUGUUUUCAGAUGAUCAAUUCCUAUUGCGACCGUUAGCAAGUGUUCUGUUUUUCAUUUUGGACUGACUUAAUUCUGUGAGAUUUGGUACAAAUUAUGUAUCUGCCUCUUACACUCUGUACAUAUUUGCUGUUUUAUCUUAAUCAAGUUAAAGACGCAUGUUCUGUUUCCAACAUAACACGUUCUGUUGGGUUCCUUGUUAAUUUAUUUUGUGUAUCACAGAUUCUGUGUCGGUAAAUUCAGCAUGCCCAAUCAGAAAAGGCUGAUGCUUCAACAGUCUCAAAUCUGUCACCGUUUAUAACGUUACGUAAAUAUAAUCGUGACUCAAAA